GGAGGCGGGAGUGGCACCGGGGCGCCAUCCGGGCAGUCAGGAGGCUCAACGAGGAGAAGGGCUACGCCGUCGCCGUCAUGAUGGACACCGAGGGCAGCGAGAUCCACAUGGGGGACCUCGGCGGCGCCUCAUCGGCCAAGGCGGAGGAUGGAGAAGUCUGGACAUUUAGUGUUAGGUCAUUUGAAUUGCCUCUCCCAGAACGAACUAUUAAUGUGAAUUAUGACGGGUUUGCUGAAGAUGUGAGAGUUGGUGAUGAGCUUCUUGUGGAUGGUGGAAUGGCUCGGUUUGAGGUGAUUGAGAAGUUGGGACCAGAUGUUAAGUGUCGCUGCACAGAUCCUGGUUUAUUGUUGCCACGUGUGAAUCUUACAUUCUGGCGUGAUGGCAGUAUUGUCCGUGAGAGGAAUGCUAUGCUUCCUACAAUUUCAUCAAAGCUUGCCGGAGGCCCUUGACGCAGCGCCGCCAUCCGCAAGCCCUAACGCCGCCGACGCGCCCCUCUCCUCGGUUGAUUUGGGAAGGC